AUGGAACAAGAGAUGGAGAAUAUAGAGAGUCCUCUACACAUUGAUCAUUCUAAAAGUGAAGUUAUCUUUGACAACACUAAUCGUCCUAUCACUCUUAAGUUUGAGAAUGUUGCUUACAAGAUUAAGCUUGAAAAAGAAGGGUGUCUGAAGAAUUCAUCAAAAUCAGAGGAAGAGAAAAUAAUCUUGAAGGAUGUCUCGGGGAUCGUGUCUCCGGGUGAAAUGCUGGCGAUAUUAGGCCCUUCAGGAUGUGGAAAAACAACUCUGCUAACAGGACUCGGAGGCAGGCUCGUUAAGGGCCAUCUAGAUGGCGUUAUAACGUACAAUAAUAACCCCUUUUCUAGCUCCAUGAAGCGUAGUAUUGGUUUUGUUACUCAAGAUGAUGUUCUUUAUCCUCACCUUACAGUGUACGAAACGCUUGUGUUCACUGCCCUCCUCCGUUUGCCUAAAACUUAUUCAGUUGAGGAAAAAACCGCGCAUUGUGAUGCAAUUAUACCUCAACUUGGAUUAACAAAGUGCAAGGAUAGCAUCAUUGGAGAUUCGCUUUUGAGAGGGAUAUCCGGUGGGGAGAGGAAAAGAGUAAGUAUUGGGCAAGAAAUGCUUAUCAAUCCGAGUUUAUUGCUCUUGGAUGAACCAACAUCUGGGCUUGAUUCUACUACUGCUUUAAGGAUUGUGUCUACGUUAAAAGAUUUAGCAAACGGUGGCAGAACGGUUGCAAUGACAAUACAUCAGCCUUCUAGUAGGCUAUUUUACAUGUUCGACAAAGUGUUACUGUUAUCCGAAGGAAAUCCCCUGUAUUUUGGCAGAGGUAAAGAUGCAAUGGGAUAUUUUUCAGGCAUCGGAUUUCCCCCGUUAGUUGCUAUGAAUCCAUCGGACUUCUUAUUGGAUCUAUCAAGUGGUAUACUAUCCGAUGAUCCUCGUGUAUUAUCUGAUGCUCCUAGAGAAGAUCCAGCAUCAAUCAAACAAGCUUUGGUAUCUGCUUUCAAAACCAAUCUAGCGGAGAACUUGACUGAACAGUUGCAAGAAUCUAUUGAUCACCAGGCAACUGAAAAAUUACCUGAAAAGAAAUUCAGUCAAUGGUCGAAUACAUGGUGGCAGCAAUUCUCAGUGUUACUGAGAAGAGGGAUGAAAGAACGAAAACACGAGUCCUUAUCUACCCUCAAGGUUGGAGAAGUCUUGGUGAUGUCUUUCUUCAGUGGAUUGUUAUGGUGGAAAUCUAACAACAUUCAAGAUCAGACAGGCCUUCUGUUCUUCUACACAAGUUUCUGGGAGUUUUAUUCUGUGUUCCAAGGUAUUUUUACCUUUCCACAAGAAAGGAUGAUGUUGGAGAAAGAAAGAUCAUCUGGCAUGUAUAGGCUCUCCGCGUACUUUAUGGCUAUGACUGUAGGUGAUCUUCCGAUGGAGCUAGUCCUUCCGACUAUUUCCACUGUUAUAACAUACUGGAUGGCUGGUCUAAAACCAUCCGCGGGGAGGUUCAUCUCUACUUUAUUCAGCCUCCUCUACAAUGUAUUAGUCUCCCAAAGCCUUGGACUUGCUAUUGGUGCAAUGGUCAUGGACGAAAAGUCAGCUACUGUACUCGCUUUAGUCAUCUUGAUAUCGUUUACCUUAGCUGGAGGGUUCUAUGUUCAGCAUGUCCCGAGGUUCAUUGCCUGGAUAAAGCACGUAUCAAUAACUCAGUACGCGUACAAGCUCUUGUUGGGGUCUCAAUAUAGUCCGGGGGAAACGUAUUCAUGUGGCCUAAACGCGACGUGUCUAGUUGAAGAUUCUCCUUCCAUAAAAACUAUAGGGCUUGGAGGUGAAGGCAUCUCAAUUGUUGCAUUGGCUGUUAUGCUUUUUGGUUUUAGGUUCUUGGCUUAUGUUGCUCUUAUGAGGAUUGGUGUGACAAAGAAAUAG